GAUUAGACAGAAAAAUCUCCCUCCCCGCGCGCCCCCCCUCUACAUACCUGCGGCGCGCGCGAGCACUUCAGACAUAGACGCGAUGACGACGAGACAGAACCACGAACCCAGAGUGUGGGGACUCCUAGGAGUAUUGAUGAUCGCGGGAGUGAUGGUACCCCCGGGGAUGUCUAGACCACAGGCUCUGAGAGUGUCCGAGGAACUAGAGGUCCAGGACCACAGGUGGGAGCCGAGUACCGAGGAGGAGACUUUGAGGAGGAUCUCGCACAGAUUCCGGGAGAGCAGCGGAGUCCAGGGAGCGGUGAUGGAGGUGCUGAAGGGACUGCCAGAGGACGACCUUAGGGUGCUGGAGCGGGCACUCGCCCCCGACGACGAGCUGCCCCAUGGUGACAUGCCGGCUGAGGACGUGGUAGAGGACAGUCCACAGGAGCUGCAGGUUGACGAUGGAGGGGAGUUGGCUGGCUACAGGGGUGAGCUGUUGGUGCUGGACAAUGUAAACUCCUCCAUCCCUUACAACAACUCAGAGGUGGAGGAGCCACUGCACCCUCAACUGCAGAAGAUCAACAGAGAGAACUCUCUGAACGUUAGCCAGGAAAGACUAAAAGAAAUGAGGCUGGCGAACAUCAAGAACCAGAUAAUGAACAUCUUGUGGCCUGAGGGUACUCCUCCUUCCUUCAGCAGCAACAUUACGAUGCCUCAGCAGCCUCGACUACAUCAGCAAGAUCUGCUGAGGGCCAUUGCUGACAAGAUGAGGCCGCUGAAGAACCCCUUCACUCCUGGAGAUGUCUACACUGAGAAGAUCCAGAGCUUUUACCCUUCAUGCGAGAUUCCACGCAACACGGACGCAGAGUUAUGGAAUGACAACCGCAUCAUGAACCUGUUGUUCGACCUAUCGUACCCGUCGCCGUCGCCCAUGCAAGGCACUCAGGUCAACAUAGUGGCAGCCAAACUGAGGCUUUACAAGCUAUCACAGGGCAACAUCUCUCUGGUACCUGAGUCCUGCCCUCCCUCUGAGCAGGAAGAUUCUCCUCAAGACUCUGACCUUCCCUUCCCUCCAUCGCGCCAGUUCCCCUCCUUCGCUGAGGACAAGAUGAUCAGAGUUUCUGUCUACUGGUACACUCGUUCACUCAAGAAGCACAGAGUGAAGAGGAAGCUAUUGGACAGCCAGAUGCUGUCAGUUUAUGGAGAAGCUUGGACAGAAUGGAACAUCCGAGGAGCCGUGAAGGUAUGGAGGGACAAUGGACGUAACUUUGGCUUGGCAGUAGAAGUGGAGGACGAGGACGGAACAGUGCUACCAACUGACAAAUACUUCGCUCCUAUGAACUGUUCACAAGAGGCAUCUACAAGCCGACCAAUCCCCGGAUUUCUCGUUGCCCGAGCUGGAUUCCUCUCUAACAGCACGAAUCAUACGUGGGGAGCCAGCCUUCCUCUCGACACACUUCUGUUUCCGAUGAUCGACCUUUGUACCAUCGAGUUCCCGGAGUCUGAGCGACCUGACGCCAUCAUCUACCACAAGGCCGACGUCUCAGAACAAAAGAAAACACCCAAAACCCCACAAAGAGAGCUCUUAGCAAGACCUUCCAACGAGACGGAGAAACACAAGAUCCGACACCAUGGACACAGGAUGGCGGAGAGUCAUCGGGAACAGCCGCACAGGCAUCUGGAAACCGUGCGACGGGAUGAUGGUGACUCCAUUGAGGAAAUCACCUGGGCCGAUGAUCUAGACGGUCAUCAGCUGAGGAAACAGAUCAUUGUGCAGAAAGUAAUCAGGAAGAAUAUGAAUAACCAACAAGACAAUGAGAGGUAGACCAACUGACUUGUAAAGUAGCUUAGUCCCUGAUAGAUGUAGCUGAUAGUUAAUUGCUAGAACUGUAAAGUUUUAAUGUUGUAUAGUUAUGUUUGCUUUACUCAGCUUUACUAUUUGUGUUAAUGAAAUAUUAGUCUUAAGAUUAUUGUUAUUGUUACUAAUGUUAUGUUUUGUAACCUCUCCUACUGGUUUAAUAUUAAAAGUAUUAACCCCUAUGGUACAAUUACUAGUAACCAUAUGAUUAUUUAUUUGAAUUCAACUGAUGGUUUAAGUUUGUAAAGAAAAAUUCAAUUUGGCUGUUUUGUUGGUAAUUUUACAUAAUAAGAAAUACAUCAUGCAUUACACUUCGAUACAUUCUAAAGAAAUAAUU